AUGGCCCAAGACCGCCUAACAGCCUUCAGGGGCAGGGUCUUCAUGGCCAAGAAGCAUCCAUUCAUGAUGCCCGACGAAGACUUCCAGGAACAUGGGCAGCUUCCCCAAUUCCUCCCCCGAUUCCACUGGCCUAAGUGCCAUAACAUGCUCGUAUACACGCAGGAAUUCCGGCGGGAACUGCUCUCAACAGAGGGCAUGGUCCACAUGCUGGCCAUCAUCUCAUACGGCAUGGGCCAGUCGAUGACCUUGCUGGAACACCCUUUCUCCGUGGCGGGCCACGGCAAUCCGCGGGCAGGGAUACGUGACAUUGACCUUCUAUACCAUCUCCAGGACUCUUCGCUCCAUCUCCAGGACUGGGCCCCCAUGGAUAUAGUAGAGCCACGUUCGGGCCUCGGGGCUGUGAUGCACAUCCUGCGCGUCAUGCUGUGCAACGAACUUGGCCUGGACGACCAAUGA